CUGAGCUCGGGACUCUCUAUGGCACAGUGAUCUGAGAGUCCACUCCGGAGCAUCUUCGCGCCCCACCAGCCCCCUGGAUUUACCGCGCCGUUCGAGUGACCCGAUCGCCUCUCGCGCUGCGCGCGCGCACACCGCUUCGACCGGGUUAAAAAGAGAAAAGAAAAAUAAAAGAAGGACAUAUCGGUGUCGCUCGAUCUAACAGGUCCGGAGUGUGUGGAGAAGUGUUUCACGGCAAGGCAGCAGCCCGACUCGAGCAAGAUGUUGGACGGAAUUAAAAUGGAAGAUCAUCCCCUGCGUCCCGGAGCGGCCGCCCUGGGGGUCAUGCUCGGCACGGAGUGUAUGCACCAGGCGGUGUGCGAGGGGUGCCAGAGACCCAUCUCGGACCGCUUCCUGAUGCGCGUGAACGAGUCCUCGUGGCACGAGGAGUGUCUGCAGUGCGCGGUGUGUCGGCAGCCGCUCAGCACGAGCUGCUAUCUGCGGGACAGGAAGCUCUACUGCAAGCACGACUACCAACAGCUGUUUGCCACCAAGUGCAGUGGCUGCCUGGAGAAGAUCGCACCCACCGAGUUCGUGAUGCGGGCGCUGCAGUGCGUCUACCACUUGGGCUGCUUCUGCUGCUGCGUGUGCGAGCGACAACUGCGCAAGGGCGAUGAGUUUGUGCUCAAGGAGGGCCAGCUACUCUGCAAAAGUGACUACGAGAAGGAGAAGGAGCUGCUCGGCUCCCUGAGUCACGACGACUCCGACUCAGAGAAAAGUGACGAUGAGGACCUGGACGUCAAGCCAGAGAAGGGGUCGGGAGGUCAGGGGAAGGGCGACGACGGGAAGGACCCCCGGAGGCCCAAGCGGCCACGGACCAUCCUGACCACACAGCAGCGACGCGCCUUCAAGGCUUCCUUCGAGGUGUCCUCCAAGCCUUGUCGGAAGGUGCGAGAGACGUUGGCUGCUGAGACGGGUCUGAGUGUUCGCGUGGUCCAGGUGUGGUUCCAGAACCAGAGAGCCAAGAUGAAGAAGCUGGCACGGAGACAGCAACAGCAGCAGGAGCAACAGAACUCCCAACGGCUCGGUCAAGAGGUGAUGUCCAAUCGGAUGGAGGGAAUGAUGGGCUCAUACACACCCCUGGCCCCCCCACAGCAGCCGCUGGUGGCCAUGGACCAGAACGGCUACAGCACAGACCCAUUCCAGCAGGGCCUCACCCCACCCCAGAUGCCCGGCGACCACAUGAACCCAUAUGGAAACGACUCCAUUUUCCACGACGUCGACAGCGACACAUCUUUAACCAGCCUCAGCGACUGCUUCAUGGCGUCGUCCGACGUGGGAUCCAUGCAGGCGAGGGUGGGAAACCCCAUCGACCGGCUCUAUUCGAUGCAGAGCUCCUAUUUCACCUCCUGAAAAAUAUCCCCGGACAACAGAGGGACGGGUGCAGCAACGGAGCUCCGCAGGAACAUGAACAGCGACGCUUUGCACCCGAGAGCCGUACCUCCCGAAUCAUUGCGCCGCAAGGGUAAAGGAAAAACAUAAACUGCCAGAAAUACAGACAAGCAUACAAGUAUGACCUCUUCCAGUGACUUCUAGCCAAAGCGCUGACUUUGAAAACGGACUUGAAUACGACAAACCUCUUUUUUCUUUAUCCUGCUGUGAACACGAUGGAGGGAAGCAGAGUUGUUGGUUUUUUUUUUGUUUUUUUUUAAACCAGUGAGGCAUCAGUAGGACGUUUCCCCGCUGUAGCGCUCCUGCCUCAUCACGCCGGCAUAAAGAGAAAGAGUGUAUGUGUAUAAUCUCAGCCACUGAUCUGAAAACCUCAACCAACCAAAUAACCGUUUCUGAAGACAGGGCCUCAGAAGAUGCUCCCAUAGUGCAUGAAUCCACCUUUUUCUUGUGAACCGUACACCGCUAAAUU